UUUGUGUUAACUUCUUAAGUUUUUUUGUGUUUCACUGUAUCAUCGCUAUUGUCAUUAGUCAAUAGUCAUUACAUAGAGCUGCUGUCGUCUUAUACCUCAGAUUUCAGUACUUACAUUGCUGAAAUAUUUGGAUUCACGCGCCGUGUUUUAGCGUACAGAAUUCCGGUUUAUGAACGUGCUAGUUUCGCGAUGCAUUUAAAAAACUAUGGAAUGCUCCUCUAAUAAAGUUGACACGAUGGUUGCGAGUUUACAGUCGAGGCGUAAAGCAUUAGAAUCUAAAAUCACCGAAAAAAAUCGUGAAUUAAAGCGAUUAUGCAUACAAGAAGCAGAAUUGACGGGCAGCUUACCUCCGGAGAUCCCAUUGGAUCCUGGCGAAACACCACCUACAUUCCGUCGACGUGUUGGAACAUCAUUUACUUAUCCUGAAAAUUUAAUAAAUAAACUGAAAUUUAAAGACGAUGAAACAUUGGCUUCACUAGAACUGGAGUAUAAAAUUCAAAAAGGAAUUGCCGAAGCUGCUUUAGGACUUGCUAAUGAUGAGACUGCCAAUAAAUCUGUGCGACGUAAACAUAGAAUGAUGUAUCAACAGAGUCAAAAUAGAAUUAUUGAACUCGAAACAAGAAUAAAUUUAUGCAAUAAUCAAAAAGUUAAAAAAAAACCUCGCCCUGAGAGCAGUUACACAACAGAUUUUGUGAACAAUCAUAGUGUGACUGAUGGUAAUUUUGUUGUACCUAAAGAUCCAAUUGUACAAUCUCUGAACCCAAAAGUUUUAUCUCACAAAAGUAAUUUAAGGCAGUCACAAUCAUACAACAAAUUCCCUGGUCAAAGAAAUUCUCAUGACCCAAGAAUUGGAAAUGGGCUACAUAAUGCAUGGAAUACUCAUGAACACAUAUCCAGUUCUAAUAUGCAACCAAUGCUACUACCAAGAUCAACCAUAAGUUUAGAUAAAGAUCAUGUAACUUAUCCUAAAGAUAAUGGUGUAUUUUUUAAUAAUAAUUCAAAUUCUACAAAUUUGCCAUCCAGUCAUGAAUUGUCAAGUAAGAUUAUUGAUCAAGAUUCCACAUCUAAGUAUAGGGACAGGUUUGGAAGUUUAGAUAGGCGGCACACUACAAGGAGUUCUAGUUCUCGAAGUAACAGUAGUGUUGAUCAUGAACCUUCAGCUGUACCUGUUGUACCGCGACACACAAAUUCUCAGCAUCCCACAACUACUAUUUUAUUACCAAAUCAAAUGUACCCUGAAAAUAGUUUAAUGAGAACUCACUCUCUGGGUAAUAUUAAAAAUGAAAAUCAGCAACAACCCGAAAAAGGAUUUACAGAUUUAAAUCAGAUAUCAUUGUCUGAAAGUAGAAAAAAUUCUGAGAAAAAAUGGAUUGAAACAUCAUUAGAUAGUAGUAGUGUUGAGUCUGGGCCAACACUUACCCAUGAUUUACCACCUCCUAUCAAAAUGCAUACACCUCCAAUACAACCGGAAAAUCACCCACUUCCGUACGAUCCACUAGUCAAUCAUUUUGACACUGUUCCAUUUGAAUCACCAAAAAAUCAUACGGUUGUUCAGGUUGGAAAGUGGCAACCGUAUCGUGAAGUAACUAAGCCAUUUGAAAUGUCUGAUUUUUAUAAGUACAGUACAAGAUUUAGGAAGCCAUCUGCUAAUUCUAUUAAUACAUCUCCAGAAAUAGUUCAAGCUACAGCUAACCCAUCUCCAACACCAUCUUUGCCACCACCAUUACAAAAUAAAGGAAUUUAUCAACCUUUACAACCUCAUAAUUGUCAUCCACUGGUACCUCAAAACAUUUCAUUAAUGGAAGAAACAGUUUGUCCCAUUGAUUCAUUUGAACCCAAUAAUGAAUUAUGUUUGGAUGAAAGUGUAUUUGCUAAUGAAAUGUUAUCUUGGUAUCAAGAUGAAGCUACUCCUCAAUCUAGGACCGCCACGUUGGUAUGAUCUAAAAAAAUAAAUAACUAAAACCUACUAUGGUAUAGUUCUGUAUUACGAAUUUAUUGAUAGGCAGCUAGAAGACAACCAAUAUAAUAUUAUAUAUUAUUAUCAUUUUAGUACAACAUUAUUUCUCCAUAUGAAUGACAACAAAAUUCUAAAAUUUUAAUACACAUAUCUAUUUACAAUGUAUAAUAUAGUUUUAAUUUUUAUGACUAUAUGUGACAUUGAUCAUAUUAAAAGUUAAUUUAUUUUGUACUUCAGUAUCAUUAAACUGAAAAAAAUCUAUUGGGUUUCUUUAAUAAUUGUAAUUUUAUUUCUGUACAAAGAUAUUAUUCAUAAAGAUUCAUUAUGAAUAAUAUGAAAAUUAACUUAACUUGUUCGUAUACAUUUAUCGAAGUAAUCACAAUAUUUUGUAAUUAAUCAUCGUAUGCAAUUCUAGUAAUUUACCUAAAUUAAAUUUAUUAAGACAUAAUGUCUUACUUGAUAAAUAAUAGUUCAGUUUUUAAUUAUAAAUAUUUUAUUUUAGUAUGCUUAACAAACAAAAAUUGUAGUUUUUUAACAAAAUGCACUAUGAAUGCAAAUAAUGUAUUAAUACAAAUAUGGAAGAAUAUGUAGUAUAAGAUAAGACUGAAUGUUAUGUGCAAUUAGUCUUAAGAUUUUAAGAUGUUUAUAUACUUUUUUUACUUAUAUAGAUGAUUUUUUUAUUUUGCUAUACCAUUAUUAUUAAGUAAUGUAUAC